UCUCUUUGUCAUAUUUGAAUUUACAGUUUUGCAUGUCAGUGAAGCCAUGAAACUGCCAUUGCGCUUUGAAUCUGUUGAUUAGAACUUACUUAGGCUCUUAAGUUUUUUUUUCUGAUGAUAUUCUUUUUUUUUCUUCCCUGUGUGCUUAGCCUGUAAAUUUGAAUUGUUUUAUUUCUGUCUGAUAUUUGGUCAUUUUUCGUGUUUGCAGACAAUGCCGGAGUUCUUGUAAACCCAUAGGGAGAAAUGAAAGUUACAAGUUAACAAAAUGCAUUGUGUUAGAUUGGUUUUUCAUGUAAAGCAAGAUCUAUGUUCUAUUUUGUUUGUUUCCUGUGUAAGUGUAUGAGAACUUACUUGGACAAGAUGCAAAGAGGCGUUUAUUAAUGUGUGUUUAUGUGGUUUUGGAAAUGUUGUGUGCAGGUAAAAUGGCACUCACAGUGCCCAAGAGUGGGUUGUUUGCUGGUUUAAACAAAGAUCAUAUUGUCACUACUAGAAAACUUGCUACUCGCCCUUCCGCCAGAAAAGGGAAUACCAUCAAGAGAGUUCUUUUUGUUAGGAGUUUGACUAGGGAAGUUGCUGAAUUUCCUCCUUAUGAGAAGAGAAUUACUGAGCUUCUUAAAGUUGGAAAGGACAAGCGUGCUCUUAAGGUGGCUAAGCGAAAGUUGGGUACUCACAAGAUGAGUGAUAAGGUAGAUCAUUGGAAAUAUGGAUGCCCUGCACCGCCAGCGAGCAAUUUGUGAACUACUUGGCUCAACUUGGGUUUACAUACUAAAGGCUUGAUGGUGAGGCACAUGCUGGACAGAUUACGCGUCAUUAAAGGGUUGUAUUGCUUUAAAGGGAUGUAUUGCUUUAUCAUAACUAAGAGUGUUAGCUUUGAAUUUUUUGGGUUAAAUUUUAUAACGAGUGGAACGAUUCUGUUGUACUUGUGUUCGUAAUGAAUGUAUGAAUCUUAUUUUGAGAAUGCACGAACUGCACUGCAGAUUGAAAAAUAAGAAAUUGUAGGCAUGGGUUCCAGGUUUAGUUUUAGUUGUAUUACAGGCCUGUAAACUGGAAGCUCAGGUCCAUGAAAAUGAUCUGGGUGACCCAUUUUUUUUUACUGUAACUGAA